CGUCCGGCCAUCCCCCGGUCCGUCCCUCGGUGCCCGGGGAUGGAGCUGCACAUCCUGGAGCACCGGGUGCGGGUGCUGAGCGUGUCCCGCGGCGGGCUGUGGCUCUACACGCACCCGCUCAUCAAGCUGCUCUUCCUGCCCCAGCGCUCACGGUGCAAGUUCUUUAGCUUGACGGAGACCCCGGAGGAUUACACCCUCAUGCUGGACGAGGAGGGCUUCAAAGAGCUGCCCCCGUCGGAGUUCCUGCAGGUGGUGGACGCCACGUGGCUGGUCCUGAACGUGCUGUCCAACAGCAGCUCGGCCCCCGACGUCCCGGCCGUGGGAGUGACCAAGAUCGCCAAGUCGGUCAUCGCCCCCCUGGCCGAGCACCACGUCUCCGUCCUGAUGCUGUCCACCUACCAGACGGACUUCAUCCUGGUGCGAGAGCAGGACCUGCCGGUAGUCAUCCACACCCUGGCCCGGGAGUUUAACAUAUUCCAAGAGGUGGACGGGGAGGCCGAGCCUGUGGCCUGUGAUGACAACAGUAACGGCUUCCACAGACUCAGGCACGGCCCCAGCCCCACAGUGCACCCCAUCCAGAGUCCCCAAAACCGCUUCUGCAUCCUGACCCUGGACCCCGAGACCCUGCCUGCCAUCGCCACCACCCUUAUCGACGUCCUCUUCUACUCCCACAGGGCGCCUAAGGAGGCAGCCUCUAGUGGCCCCGAACUGGACUCCAUCCCCUUCUUCGCCUUCUCCCUGAUCGAGGGCUACAUCUCCAUCGUCAUGGACGCCGAAACGCAGAAGAAGUUCCCCAGCAACCUGCUGCUCACCAGCUCCUCGGGCGAGCUUUGGAGGAUGGUGCGGAUUGGGGGGCAGCCUCUGGGCUUUGAUGAGUGUGGGAUUGUGGCCCAGAUCGCAGGACCGCUGGCCGCGGCGGACAUUUCAGCCUAUUACAUCAGCACCUUCAACUUUGACCACGCUCUGGUUCCCGAGGACGGGAUCCAGAGCGUCAUCGAGGUCCUGCAGCAGCGCCAGGAAUGUUCCCGGUAGCCGUGAGACAUCACGGGCCAUCCCGCCCGCCCCCCUUCCACCUCCCCGCGGAUCCUUGGUCGGUGCCCCGGUGCAGCCGUCCAUCAGUCGGGGUUGGGCUGGGGUACCAGGAGCUGAAACCGGACCACGGGGCUGCACCGGGCGUCCCUCACCAAGUCCACUUCCUCGAACCUCACCGCGGAGGCCUCUGACCACGUCUCAGUGGCCUCCGUUCUCUCUCCCCGGGCCGCUUAGUGAUUUCCCGUGCCGUUCUCCUGUCGGGCUCGGGGCCCGAGCGGGGUCUCCUCCCACACACACACCCCCACUCACAGGUUAAGGUGGUGUCCCCCCCCCAACACACACACCUGUCACCCUUUCCUCAGUCCAUUGUACUUGCUGGGGCUGGGAUCAGGUCAGGUCAGGUCCGGCCCCAGGGCAACUAAGGUGGGGGCUGCCUCAGUUUCUUUAUCCAGGUCCGCCCCCUCCCCUCGGGGUCUGUGUGGCCUGGGCCAAAGCAGUCUCUGGCCGCCCAGUCUGGACCCGGCUGGGUUUGGCAGGGGGUGGUUCGGGUUGGGGUGGGGGUAAGAAGGGAAGUGGAGGCAGCAGAUUUCGUUCCCUUUACCCAACCACCCCCUCCUGCCUUAUCUCAGUUUGGGGCUGGGGUCAGUCUCUCUGUCACACAGAGGUUGGUGGCCUCCCGCCUGUCACAGCUGGGCAGAGUUGUCUGUGUGUAUGAGGGGUGAGGCACGGACCCCCUCCUCCAUCACUCCAUGGGACCACCCACUCACACAGGGCUUGAGUCCCUAUUCUCAGGAAAGAGGCCAGGGGCUGGCCGUUUCAGGCCGUGACCCAUUUUUGGGGGGGCCUUUCCAGCCUCUCCCUCCCACCCACCCCCGUCACAGUGCUCCUAUGGU